AUGAAUAAUGAAUUGGAGCGGGCGCAAUUGGUCAGGGUGAUGGAGCGGGAAGUUCGAAGUCGGACCGGCGCGGAUAAACGUGUUGCCAUUAUGAAGUACUCUGGCAGGGGGAAAUUGCCCUCCUUCCCGCGGUCCCUUUUCAUACGCGCACGCGACUGUCUGGACUAUUGCGGAGGUUGUGAGGUCUCAUCUUAUGCUCUACAACUCAGGGCUUGGUCUUUCUCUCAUAUUUUCUCCCUUCGCCCCUCGGAGCUAGUUUUCGCCCCCGUGUGCAAUGUACCACCUGUGACGGUACUACGACCAGCGUCCCUCGUUUUACAUCAUUCACAACAUCCUACGGCAUAA